GCUCUCUUUCUUCACCCCAGUCUUCAAGCAAAGCCCCAAAUUUCGAUCUCAUCGCCGGCCGAUUCGAGAUCUCUCUCUCUCUUUCUCGGCGAGCAUCAUCAUGGGCUUCGUCUCGUUCGCGGGGAGAGUUCUCUUUGCCUCCGUCUUCAUCCUCUCUGCUUACCAGGAGUUUAAUGAUUUUGGAGUUGAUGGUGGCCCUGCAGCCAAAGCCCUUAGGCCCAAAUAUAACCUCUUCAUCAAUCAUGUUACCGCUCAUAUGGGUGUCAAUGUCCCAGAAAUUGAGAUGAGGCAUGUUAUUGCUGCUACCAUAACUCUGAAGGGGCUCGGAGGACUUCUUUUUAUUUUCAGUAGCUCCUUUGGUGCUUAUCUCCUGCUGGUCUAUUUGACAUUCAUAACACCAGUAGUGUACGAUUUCUACAACUAUGACAUCGAGAAACCAGAGUUUGUUCAGCUCUUCGUUAAGUUCACUCAGAACUUGGCCCUGUUCGGCGCGUUGCUCUUUUUCUUGGGGAUGAAGAAUUCAAUUCCUAGAAGGCAAGGCAAGAAGAAAGGCCCAAAAGCAAAGACAGUCUAAGUGCAACAAAGCUCGCUCUCGUCACUUUCAACCUGUUUGGACACACGCAUGAGAUCAUAUUCUUUUGAUGUUUGUCAAAUUGCAGAUUAGGAAAUCAAGUAUUGCUGAAGCUGGGGAGGUUUUGCUUGAAAGUACUCUCUAUUUUUUUGUGUUUCCUGGAUUAGUUGCACCUAGUUUUAUUAUAAAACUUCAAUAUUUACUUUUUAGUGAUGGUUCUUAUGGGAAUUGACAAUUUAAUUUAUCUUAUUGGUUUUAGAAAA